UGUCUUGGUCGAGAUGUGACAGAGCCAGGCCGAUUGUGCAACGGGACUCUGCUGCUGUGACUCCCGCUACUGAAGACUUUUUUGCGCUGCAGGAACCACCACAAGACAAGACAACUCAAACAAGAAGUUUUAGACAUUUAUACUCUGUGUUCUGCACUAACCAAAUCUGUUUCUUCUGAUAUUAGAAGCUGUCUGUGUGUCAGUAAACAGGCGAAGCACCGAAAAGAAAACAACAGCCAUGAAGAAUCUCGUUCUUUUCUUAUUUCUUUUCGUCGUUGGUCUUUGGGUGACUGAAGGACAACGGGUGACUAACGGGUCAGUGGUGACUAAAGGACCGUCAGUGAAUAGUGGAGGACAGAAUGUCACAUUAGGGGACAAAGACCCGUCGGUAAAUGAUGUUUCAUCGGAUAAUGAAGAGCCAGAAGAGAGUGGAGCAGAAUCAGAUGACGAAGGAGAGUUAGAGGGUGGAGAGGAAUCAGAGGAGGACGGAGUCCCGGUGGAUGACGAGUCGUCAGAGGACGGUGAAGACGAGUCAGUGGAUGGAGAGGAGUCAGUGAAUGAAGACGAGUCAGAGGGUGAAGACUCAGACAAUGGAGGACUAUGGGUGGACGAUGACGAGUCAGUGGACGGAGACGAGUCAGUGGAUGAAGGCGAGUCAGUGGAUGAAGACUCAAACGAUGGAGGACUAUCAGUGGGUGACGACGAGUCAGUGGACGAAGAGGAGUCAGCGGAUGAAGCAGAUUCCGAGAGUGAAGAUGAAGCAGCGACUGAGAGUCUCUUACUGAAUAAUGGAACGUCGGUUUCUAGCGAAACGCUUGAUUCUGGAAACUCAACAACCGAAGGAGAAAGCCUUGCUGUGUCCAGUUCUCGGGGAAUAUGUCGAGUGAGAUGUUAUAAAACCGUGACCUACAAAAGGGCCCGAAGAAGCUGGUGCUGGUUUUUGAGACGGUGUACAAAAUACCGUACAGCUUCCAGGAGAAUCCUUACAACCUGUCGCAGAUGCUGCAGAGGAUGGACCGGCACGCCUGGAAGGUGCAGAGCCGUCGGAGGACCGUGCAGAUGGAAUCGGUGCGGGAGAAAUGGUAGAUGCGUCAAGAGAGGAACCUCUUUCACUUGUUACUGCAGACGGGGCUAUUAUUUCAAUAGAAGAACAUGUGUUGAUGUAAACGAGUGUAGAAGGAGUUUUCGAUGCGGUAGAUACGGGAAAUGCGUCAACACAAUAGGGUCCUACAAAUGUUUGUGUAAACCAGGGUUCCGUUUCAAUGGGAGAACAUGUGUUCCCGUCGGAGGAGCGUGCAGAUGGAAUCGGUGCGGGAGAAAUGGUAGAUGCGUCAAGAGAGGAACCUCUUUCACUUGUUACUGCAGACGGGGCUAUUAUUUCAAUAGAAGAACAUGUGUUGAUGUAAACGAGUGCAGAAGGAGUUUUCGAUGCGGUAGAUACGGGAAAUGCGUCAACACAAUAGGGUCCUACAAAUGUUUGUGUAAACCAGGGUUCCGUUUCAAUGGGAGAACAUGUGUUCGUAGAUAAAGCACACAACAACAACAAAACGUGUAUCGGCUAAUUUUAACGAAUUUUAAAAUAUUCCCAGCAGGAAAUAUCUGUCGGUCACAUUCCUAGCAAGACAUCUCCCGCCUGAUUUAUCUCCGUAUGACCUACAUCGCCAGUUAUUACCAGGUUAUCUUCGAUGAAGUUUACAGAGAAGACUAUCCCCUCAUCCAAAUAUCUCAAUUAUAUCUUAGUACUAUAUUAACGUAAUUUAGCUUUCUCUGAUCAUUAUAUUAAUUGAAUAUAUUAAUUAA